CGCGCGGGGCCCCUGGCUCUUCUGGGAACGCAAGGGGCAAGAAUCGGUGACCUCGGGGCGCUCCCCGAGUCCGGGUCCCCUAACCCGCACCCCAGCCCCCGGCCCGCGCCUAGGCCUCCAGCAUGGUGCUGCUGGCUGGGCCCGGGCCGGAGGGCGGCGGGACACGCUGCUUGUCGUCCCCGCAGUCGCCGACGCCACCCCGGGACGCGCAGACUGGGGACGACCCAGGGGACUACGAGGAGUACGAAGACUUCUCGAGUCUGCCGGACACCCGCAGCAUAGCAUCAGACGAUUCCUUCUACCCUCCCGGAGGCGAAGGGGAGUGCGGCGCGGAGAGCGCGGAGAGCGUCCCGGAGGGCGUCCCCGAGGCGGCGACCCUCCUGCGCGCCGCCUGCACCAACGACGUGGGGCUGCUGCGGGCGCUGGUGCGGCGCGGGCUGAGUUCCGAGGAGGUACGAGAGACUGACCGCAACGGCCGGACUGGCCUUAUUGUUGCCUGCUACCAUGGCUUUGUGGAUACUGUGGUGGCCUUAGCAGAGUGCCCCCACAUUGACGUCAACUGGCAGGACAGCGAAGGGAACACGGCCCUCAUCACUGCUGCGCAGGCAGGGCAUGCCACCAUCACCAACUACUUGCUCAACUAUUUCCCUGGCCUGGACCUAGAAAGGCGGAACAUAUUUGGCUUCACUGCUCUCAUGAAAGCAGCCAUGCAGGGCAGAACGGAGUGUGUGCGAGCCCUGAUGCUGGCAGGGGCAGAUGUCCAAGCGAGGGAUCCCCGUCGUGGGAUGUCACCACAGGAGUGGGCUGCGUACACUGGUCGAGUGGAGGCUGUGCGUGUCAUGCAAAGGCUGAUGGAACGACCCUGCCCAGAGCAGUUUGGGGACAAGUAUAAGCUGGAAUUGCCACUUCCUGCUGAGAGGCUCUUGAAACCUGUGGGCUCCAAAAACUGCUUUCAGAGAUUCACCGAGUUCCUGAGGACCACUCUGACCUCCCGCUCAGGCCAGAGCCUGGAGGAUGGAGGUGUCCUUGAUCACAUGGUUAGGAUGACCACCAGCCUCUAUAGCCCCGCUGUUGCUGUUGUCUGCCAGACUGUGUGCCCGGAGAACCCUCCCUGUGUGGGGAAAAGACGCCCAGCAGUGCAGGAAAUCCUUGCAGCUAGGAGGAACCAGGACACCAUUGCUCAGGAUAGCAACAAGAUAGAGGACUCUGAGCCGCAAUUCCAGACUUUGGAGACCCCCAGAGCCAGCCCCUGGUCAUCCCAGUCCUCGGGGGCACCAGGAUCCACCCCUGCCCCUAUCUCUCGGAAGGCCAGCCUCCUACCCUUGCAGUUGCUGCGGAGGAGCAGCGUGCGGCCAGGUGUGGUGGUCCCCAGAGUGCGCAUCAGUAAGGCCCCUGCACCCACCUUCCAGCCCGAGCGCGCAACGCCCAAGGGCAAUAACAAGGACAGCAUAUACCUGCAGAUCCCCAAGUGGCGGUACAAGGAGGCCAAAGAGGAGAAGAGGAAAGCGGAGGAGGCGGAGAAGAAACGUCAGGCAGAGGUUCAGAAGGAAAAGCGGGCGCCACGCUGGAGGAAAAGGACGUGAAGGGGCCAUGAUGCUCACCACGUG